AUGUCAAAAGCAAAUAUAGAUUCUUAUAUAAAUAUAAAUAACAAUGAUCAAACGAAACAAACUUCUUUAAAUAUAUUAUUAUUGGAGAUAAAUGCAAAUAAAUUAAGUAUUCAUCAAUUAGUAGAAUAUUUAGGUGAUUAUUUACAGAAUACAGAUUCAAUAUUGAGAGCUAGAGGAACGUUAUUGUUGUCAGAGGUGUUGUGCAGAUUGCCAGAUUUAAAGUUGAAUGAAGCACAAGUCGAGUUUCUAGCGGCUUUCUAUCAUGAUCGUCUGCAAGACUAUGCAUGUGCAUCGGAGGUAGUUAAAGGUGUCUACGGUCUCUGUGUAAAUCACAAAGUACCAUACCCACACAACCAAAAGAUGAUUAGAGCGAUCUUUCAAGAGGUACAUCCAUCAACACUAGUCCAAACUCAUCGUAAAAUGGUAUUACAAUUGAUUGAGCAUCUAUUAGAACAUAAUUUAACUGAGAUUCAAGAGUUAAAAGGUGAUUUCAUGGCAGGAUUCCUUCAAUUUAUCGACGGUGAAAAGGAUCCAAGAAAUAUCAUUUAUACAUUCAGAUUGAUACCAAGAGUGAUAUUAUAUAUUCCAGAGUACAAGAAUUUCGCAGAUUCACUUUUCGAAAUACUUUCAUGUUACUUCCCGAUUUCAUUCAACCCGAAACCAGGUGAUCCAAAUUCAAUUACCAAAGAUGAUCUUGUUAGUUCUUUAUUGAAUUGUUUUGGUGCAUCUACAUAUUUUGCUGAACAUUGUAUUCCAUUUUUAAUUGAUAAGAUAUGUUCAAAUGUUGUUGAUACAAAGAUUGAAUCAUUGAAAACAUUAUUGUUUUGUUGUUCAAAGUAUGGACCGGUUGCACUGAGACCACAUCUCGAUGAUAUUUGGGGAACUUUGAGAACACAGAUUCUCACACAAAAGAGUGCGACCGUCAUUGACGAAUCUAAAAAGACAAUGUUCUACUUGACAAGAGUGUUGGCUGCAGAUCAGGAAACACUUCAGUCAUUCUUGUCGAUGGUUGACAAGGAGUGUCUCCACCACAUCAAAACAUCACAGGAUUCAAAGUUGGCGGUCAGUUGUGCCUCUAUUCUCUUCCAGACGGUCAGUGCAUCUGUCAAAUCCUCCAGAAUCGUUCUCUCUCACAUUCUACCGACGAUCAUCGAUUUCUUCAAAGAACUAUCAUUGCACCUCUCUGACGAUCCCAUCCACAAGGCAAACGAACAACUUUCAAUCAUCGGAUUAUUCAACGAUCUAUUGAAAGCCAAUAAUAUUUCGUUCCAAUAUAAUAAUGAAAAUAUAGAUAAAGAAAUCAAUCCUUUAGAAGAAUAUAAAGAUAAGCUAUAUGAUUUAUUCAUUGGAUUACUUUCGAAUUCAUCUGCAUUGGUUAGAACACUGGCAGUGGAUUGUCUUGCCAAUCUAUAUGUAACCAGGCAUAUAAAGACAUCGGUACCGAUCACUUUUGUUUUAGAUCAAGAAAAGAGACAAUCUAUUAUUAAGGAUCUAGGAGUUUGGUUAUUAAUACAGAUAUUUAGAAAUAAGAGUUUAGAAGCACUCAUGUCAAUCACUAAAUUGGAACAGGUUGAACAGAUGAAUUUGUUUGCUAUACCAACACUCUUACAGAUGAUCAAUGCCAAUCAAUCAAAGAACGUAUCAGAGAGUAAACAUUACUUGGAGGCAUUCUCACAGUUGUGUACACACCAACCUUUAUUACAAAGUGUAAUACCUCAAAUUAAGACAUUACUUGAACAUAGUAUUAAAAAGAAAUAUAUUAACAAUGAUGAAUUUGAAAACAGUCUAUUGGUAUUACAGAGUUUGGAGAACACUUUUAGCAAUUCUAUCGAUGAACAAACAAUGACCAUUUGUUAUAGAGAGAUACUACUUCCAUUGGUCAAGGAAUUGUUUGAACAAGUAUUCUCAUUGGACGUUAAUAGUCAAGAACAAAAAGAUCAAGUUCUUGGUAUAAUGAAACCUGCUAUCUCAAUGAUACAUUCUAACAACAAAAAAGAAGCAAUAGAAUUAUUUAUUAAUAUUUAUUUGAAUGGUGAUCUUUCAGCGCUGCAAAUCAACAAGGAGUUCAAACCAUUCUCAAGCGAUGCAACAGAACAAGCGAAGCUUUUGAUUCCAAUCUUUACUAGUGUUAUUUCACAGAGCAAAUUUGAACUGUCGACCAACAAGUUACUCAAAGAGAUGCUAAUGAGCAGAGCAUUGGAUUCCAAUGUUGAAGAGUCGAUUUCAAAUGCCUGUGCUAUAUGCUAUGGUUCUAUUAUCAACAAACAAACCGAUCAGACCGACCUACCUUUGGAUCACUUAGAGCAAUUGAUUUCAAGUUCAUCAACAAACAAAACCCAAGCCUUAAACUUAUUGAUUUGGAUUGAAAAGGGUUUAGUUACCAAUGGAAAUCCUCAAAGCAUUAAGGUUGGUGAACUAUUAGCACAACUUAUCACCAGUGAAAAUACAGAGAUUUCUCAAAAAGCAGCUAAAUCAUUCUAUAUUCUUUUGAGUGAUCAUGAUACAUUCGAUCAUAAAUCAGGUGCAAUUGUAAAGAGACAAAAGAAUGAAACAGUAUCAUCACAGUUUUUGGUUGCAAUCACCAAUCUAUUGAGAAAUGUACCAAAGGAGGUUCUUUUGGGAGAACUACAAGAGGUUCUUCCAAUAGUUUUGCACUCACUACACUCGAAUCAAAGAGAUCUAUUAAACUCUAGUCUUCAAACCCUAAUGAUGUUGGUCGAUGAAGCAUCAACCUCAAUCAGUUCACAUUUGGAUUCACUCAUCCCAACAUUAAUUAAGAUAUCUGUCAAUGGUGAAUCAUUGACAUUUAGACAAUCGAGUUUAGAAAUAUUAACAAGAAUUUCAAGAGCUAUUCCAUAUCCAAAGAUCUAUCCAUUUAGAAAUCAAGUUAUCAACGGUAUAGUUCCAGCUUUAGAUGAUAAGAAGAGAUUGGUUAGAAGAGAAGCCACCAAAUGUAGAAACAGUUGGUUUAUCUUGCAAUAA